GUCUGUCAUCACACGAGGAGCGGGCGCGAGUAAGGCCGUGUCCGAAACGGGUUUCCAGAGCUACGGCUACGUCUAUUGUCAGCGCGUUCCGCGUAUUUUCGAUGGGCUUGGACCUAGACCUAGCUAGCUCUAGACGGUUGAUUCGGAUGCAGCCUAAGCUGGGGGAAGUAAUCGAACGCACUCAUAGUCAUUAUUACCCAGGCAUCUUUGCGCCCUCUCGCGCCGUGCAUACCCUUCGGCUGUCGCAGAUGGCAACACUGACAACCAAGACCUGUCCUGCGUGGACUCGGCUGAUUCUGGUCAUGGAGCUAUUUCUUCCUGCAUGAAUUGAUCAAGAUGACUUGAGGUUAAAGACAGAGAAAAAAGGCACAAUGGCAACCUCUGAGACAACUCCCUCUUUUGAAACCUCUGAGACGACUCCCUCUUCUGAACAGCAAGUCCGACUCUUAAUAUGGACCAUAGCUCGCUCUACUUCAACAGUUUUGUCCAAAUGUCUUAGCUUCGUAGAAAACACAAAGGUUUUCUUCGAAAUAUGUGAAAAUGGCCUCAUGAUACCAGAGGCUGCGACAGAAGGUGGACAACUUAACAUCUCUGUAGCAGAACAGAAAGUUUGUAAUUUUAUGAAAAAAGCCUAUGAGCUGACCAACGUAUCAGCGGGGCUUGAUGCAUCUCAGUGCACCCUCCCAAUGUUCAAGAAGCAACUUGAGGAAGCCCAUACCGGGAAGAAGUUUAUCUUCUGCAAGGACAUGGCCUAUGCUAUAUCUGACCAUCUGGAGUUCCUCCCGAAGGGUUUCCGGCAUCUUUUCCUCAUUCGGCAUCCUCUUCGAGUCUUCCCGUCGUGGAAGAAGAUUUACCUGCAGAUGACAGACAUGUCUCCAGAGGACUUUCACCUGGAUGACCUGCCUCCGAAUUUGUUCCCGAAAGGUUUUGGCUACCGGGAGAUGAACGAGUUGUUUGAGCACGUGAUGAAGGAGGAGCACGAUCAAGAAGCAAUCAUCGUCGACGCUGAUGACCUUCUUCAAGAUCCUAAAGGCAUCCUGUCAGCACUCUUUAAGGAUAUCGGCCUGCCCUUUGAUGAGACUGUUUUACACUGGGAGGCAGGGGAUGCAGUCAGUGAGCAAUGGACCAUCCCACGAGCGUUCUUACAAGGAAACAAGCUUGUUGGUUUCUACCAGAACGCGCUGGACAGUACGUGCUUUCUGAAACCAAAGCCACUUCCCGAUCGCUCGUCAAUUUCUCCAGACCUGUUUCGUUUUGUAGACGCCUCCAUGCCAUACUACCAGAAAAUGUACAGCAAGCGCUUAACAGUAUAGUGUAUGCAAUCAUAAUGAAUGGGCCAUACAUGAAUGCGAAUAGUUAUUGUGUCCUAUACAUAUCGGUAUCGGUACCGCAUUUUGACCUUUAUUUUUAAGCGUGCGCUGGUAUGCUGGGAUCAUUUGCAUUUAUCCCAAAAGUAACCUUCCGAGUAAAAAACAAAAGAAGCUUACAUCUGUUCGUGGAUUAAAGAUCGAACUACAUUGAAAUUAAUUACUGUACGUCCGGCAUACUGUCAUUUGGAAGAAUCAAGAAAUGUAUGUGAUUUCCAACGAUGAGUCAAUUUACUGAUUUUUUGAAAUAAAGAAUGCUCUUGUAUAACAGACGAUAUCGUCAUUCGUGAUCUUAAGUAUGCAAAUGUUUUUUUUUUUUUUUUUUUAAUUGUAAUAUCCACUGAGCAGAUCAGCUGAAACUGCAACAGGCUAAAUGAGUGAACGUGCUUCUUUGGAAUUUGAGUGAUUAUUGGAAACGAACAAAUUGCAUGAAAAGCAAAUAAUCCUACAGGUCUAUGCCUUUAAAGAUAUAUUCAACUCCUAAAUAUGAGUCUCUUAAAUAUAAGUGAGUUUAUAUGUAAUAUUAAUAGACUAAUGAAGUAACAACCUAAUGAACUUAAACAUUUAAUCCAGAUCUAAAUUUUCAUAUUACUGACAAUAACUGUAAUUAUUAUGACGAGAAUGAAUUCUUAGAUACUUUUAACAGAAAGGAAUGAUAUAAGCUGCUGUUUUGCAGUUACACCUGUUGAAAUACCUAACUACACUGUUGAAGGUAACUGUAUACAAAACACAAGAGGUGGUGGUGUUGCACUUUAUAUAAAACAUAACUUAGCUGGUACAAAUCGCAUUGACUUAUGUCUUAAUAACUCUGAUAUACAAUCUGUUUUAUUCAACUUGUUAAAACCGGUAAAGGGAAAACAUGCACUAUCAUUGAAAUUGUCUAUAAACCUUCUUGAUGUGCCAUGUAAUAACUUCAUUGCAUGUAUUGAUACAAUUUGAUCUUGUACACGUAACGACGAGAACAAACCGUGUUACAUUAUGGAUGAUUACAAUCGCCCAUAAUCAAACUUAUUGUAAUGUGAUACUGAUAAUAGCAUACAAAACGUUACGAAUACCCUUUUAUCUCAUUCAUUCUAUCCUACCAUAGAUAAACUACAAGGACAACUACUAAUAGCGCAACUCUCCUUGUCCUUGACAAUAUUUGUACCAAUGCUUAUCAAAACCAUCCUGCCGGUGUUUUGGUGACGAUAUUUUAGUGAACAUCUUCCCCUAUUUUUAGCUAUUGAAAACCUUAAAGAAAGAAAUCAACCUGAUAACAAAAGCGUGAUUUAACUACAAUAAUAUUGACAGUUUGUUUUAUUCGUGAUUUGAAUGAUAUUGAGUGGGAUGAUAAUGUCAUCAAAUGAUAUCCACAGUAUGUAAAACUCUUUUUGUUACGUGUUAAACACAUUUAUAACAAAAAAAUCCUUUGCAUGUGGUGAAAUGCCGUUAUGAUUAACUUAAAUCCCCAUGGCUAACUGACAGUAUUUACCAUUCCUUUAGGCGUAAGAAUUAUUUGUACAGAAAAUUUCAGGAGAAACCUAUACUUCGCACAAUAAUUUUUUUUAUACCCGCUACAAAAAUAAACUUAACUCUCGUAUUAAAUUAUCAAUGAGAAGUUUUCUCCACAAAAAUUCAAUGAAGCAAAACACAAAUAUUACAAUAACUUGGAAUUUUAUUAAUUAUCUUCUCAUUAUGCGUCAGCAAAAUUCUAGUUCCUCUUUAGCCAAGAUGAUACUAAACUUAAUGAUAAACAUAGAAAUUGCUGAAGCGUUCAAUAAAUAUUUUGCUAAUAUUGGCAAUAGCCUUCCUAGUGAGCUA